CAUACGCUUGGAGAGAGGGUAAAGGCCAAUUGGGCGUGGCCUUCGAUGACGUCACUAUGGGAGGAGGUACCUUCUGCGCGUAGACCGGCUCUGUGGAUCGAGUUCGUGGAGAGGCGGCUGUGGCUGUCGUGGUCUUGCGGAGAUUAAGUAUGGGGAGCGUUGCACGGCCACUGAAAGCAGAGAUGGAAAUUUGAUGUGAACGACCAAAGUUUCGUUGAAGCCAGAUGGUUGGUGAUUGUUGGGGGGUGGGGAGCUGAAGGCGCUAGUGAGUCUGAGAGAGUGGGAAAAACGACGGCCUGAGCCAGAUAUUUAAAAAUGGAUGAUAUUGAUUUUCGUUUCAUGGAUUUUAAAGAAAUUGUUGAAAACCUAAUUGUAAAAGAUAAUUCACCUAGCAUACCCGAGGCAAUUAACAGACUCUUCACUGACAUAGCAAAUAUCAACAGGGAAUCUAUAGCUGAAAUACAGGAUGCUCAGGUUGAAGAAAUGGCAGUAAACCUGUGGAACUGGGCAGUUACCAAGAGAGUAGAUUUGGUUAUAAAUGAAGAGCAGAAAGCUAAACUAUGGUACGUUGCUUGCAAGUUGGUGUGCAUGUGUGGAGGUUCAGCUGCUUCAGAAGAAGCCAUUCGAAGACAGAUUUUGAUGAAUAUGAAAACAGGAAAAGGGUGGGUGGAUGUUGGAAAUGCUGUGAUUGCUGAUGAAUUUUUUCAAGCUGCCAUGGCUGGCCUGGAGCAGUUAUAUGUCAAAUUAAUGCAGAGAAGCUCCACUGAGAUACACAUGGCUUUGCAUAAGAUUGCCAUGGAGAGGGACCUUUUCAAAGUGCUUUCUUACCAAGCAGAAGCAGCAGUUGCUCAAGGGGAUUUUCAUAGAGCAUAUACAUGUACGUUGCGCUGUAAGGAUAUGUUGAUGAGGUUCCCCAAAAUGACCGGAUAUCUUCACAUUCUCUGUUACAACUUUGGAGUAGAAACCCACAAGCAGAAUAAAUACGAAGAAAGUUCUUUCUGGCUUAGCCAAAGCUAUGAUAUUGGGAAGAUGGAUAAGAAUUCUGUUGGGCCAGAAAUGCUGGCUAAAGUUCUGCGGUUACUAGCUACUGCUUAUGUGGAUUGGGAUGACCAAGAAUAUUAUGAUAAGGCUCUCAGUGCUAUAAACCUAGCAAACAAGGAACAUUUAAAUCCAUCUGGGCUUUUCUUCAAGAUGAAAAUCCUCUUGAAGAGUGAAAGAGCUAAUGAAGAACUCCUUGAAGCUGUCAUGGAAAUAUUACAUCUUGACAUGUCUCUAGACUUUUGUCUGAAUGUUGCUAAACUGCUGAUGGAUCAUGAAAGAGAAUCUGUUGGAUUUUAUUUCAUGAAGAUCAUUUGUGAACAUUUUAAGUCAUCAGAAAAUAUUGGGAAAGCUUUACUGCUCUACAUUGACAUGCUUUUACAAAGAAAGGAAGAACUGCUUGCCAAGGAGAAGAUUGAUGAAAUCAUUAUAGGUCAGCGAACAGGAAGACAACUGACAACCGAAUUAGUGGUCUGUUUACACAACAUUCUGUGGAAAAAAGCUGCCAGAAGUUUUGAGGUACAAAAUUAUGCUGAUGCCCUAAACUGGUACUAUUAUUCUCUGAGAUUUUAUGCAACUGAUCGUACAGAUUUGGACUUGGCCAAACUGCGGAGAAACAUGGCUUCCUGCUACCUUCAUUUGAAACAACUUGAUAAGGCUAAAGAGGCAGUGAUAGAAGCUGAACAACGUGAUCCUACAAAUAUUUUCACUCAAUUUUAUGUAUUCAAGAUUGCAGUUUUAGAGGGCAACUCUGGCAGAGCUUUGCAGGCAAUUACUACUUUGGAGAAAUUAUUAGAAGAAGAUCCAAAAGAGAAUGAGCUACUUACAGAUAGAGAUUCACCUGUCAUGCUCCUCAGUAUAGCUGCCCAUUUUGCUCUAGAAAAUGGACAACAAAUUGUGGCAGGAAAAGCUUUGGAAUAUUUAGCUCAAUAUUCAGAAGAUCCACAACAAGUCCUUACAGCUUUAAAGUGUUUGUUUUGUCUAGUUUUCCCAAGAGUUUCUCAAAUGCCAGAAUCUGAAAACAAAAAGAAAGAAAUGGAUAGACUUUUGACUUGCUUGAAUACAGCACUCCAGAAACUCGGUCAGUCUUUAAAUGGAGAGGCCUUGAAUUCAGACUCAAGGGCUAAAGAAGCUCAUUGGUUUCGAAAAAUAGCUUGGAACUUGGCUGUGCAAUGUGGCAAAGACCUGGUGACAAUGAGAGAAUUUUUCAUCCUUUCUUAUAAGCUGUCCCAGUUUUGUCCUUCUGAUCAAGUAAUUCUGAUUGCACAGAAAACAUGUUUACUUAUGGCAGCUGCAGUUGAUCUAGAGCAAGGGAGAAAAGCUUCAACUGCUUUUGAACAGACCAGAUUACUGAAUCGUGCCCUUGAGCAGAUCCAUAAAUGCAGACACACAUGGAAUCUCCUGAAAGAAACAGGGGACUUCUCAAGUGAUCCAUGUGAGACAUUGCUUCUGCUGUAUGAGUUUGAAGUUAAAGCCAAAAUGAAUGAUCCAUUACUUGACAGCUUCCUGGAAUCAGUAUGGGAACUGCCUCAUUUAGAAAGUAAAACAUUUGAAACAAUUGCAUCAUUAGCAGUGGAAAUGCCUGCACACUAUCCUUCCAUUGCUCUGAAGGCCUUGAAAGAGGCUUUAUUGCUCUAUAAAAAGAAAGAAUCAAUUGAUGUUUUGAAAUACAGCAAAUGUAUGCACAACUUGAUUAACCUGUUAGUGCCAGAUGGGGUGCCAAGUACAGAACUCUGUCCCCUGGAAGAAGUUUGGGGUUAUUUCGAAGAUGCUCUGAGCCUUAUUAGCCACACCAAAGGCUACCCAGAAACAGAGAUUCUCUGGCUGAUGAUCAAGUCCUGGAAUACUGGAAUAUUUAUGUAUGGCAGGAACAAGUAUGUAUCUGCAGAAAAAUGGUGUGGCCUAGCAUUGCGUUUUCUUGACCGCCUUGGCUCCCUCAAGAGAAGCUAUGAAACUCAGAUGAAUAUUCUGUAUAGUGAGCUGGUGGAAGCAUUAGAUAGAAAGAAGGGUUCACUUUUUAAUGAAGAGUGAGAAGUGCUGGAACAUGGAAUAUGAGCAAGCAAGCUGACAACAGCCUGCAAAGGAUGCAUGGUCCGGAGACACUGAAUAUUUAAAUUCUUGCCAGACUUCCUCCUGAGCUUUUGUUUGUUUUCUCAGGCCCCAUUUUCAUGUUGUUUAAAUGACACUUUCUAAAAUUAAAGCAUUUUGACUUUUA